AUGAUUCUACAGCUAAUUUUCAUACUUUGGUAUUCAUGGAUAAGUGUACAUUGUCGCUUCAAUCUUCACGAGACAUUACUGAGAGAUUCGUUGGAUUAUGAUUGUUUAUAUUAUCAUAUACGAGAUGAGAAAUUGGCUUAUCAACAGCUCUCGGAUGUCGUUGAUGAGAUGAUUGCCUAUUGCUUUCGUCCGAUGAAUCUAUCUGAAAAGUUGAAUUUGGAAUCAAUUAAUGAUCGUGAUGAAAAUUUUACUUUUUAUCAACUGAAUAUUGCAAAUGUGACAAGUGAAGAAUUGCUUUCCUGGUCUGCGUCGGUCGAUGUCGUUGAACAAUAUGAAUUUUAUCUACUAAAUCAACAUAAUUCAUCUCUAUCAACUGAAAUCUUCUACAAUUGUACAAAACCGUGGUUUGGUAAUCGAUGUCAAUAUUCAUUUGAUACGGUAGAUGACGAAUUGUCUGUGAAUGAAAUUGUUGAACGAGAGUUUUCUCGAAAACUUUCUUUAUCUGAUUCAUCAGAAGUAUUGACAAUUUUACCAUGUUAUAUUCAUAUGAAAUGUGAUCGUAGUGGUUCAUCAUUGUGCUUAGACUGGCGUGAAAUAUGCGACGGACGUAUCGAUUGUCUUAAUGGAGGCAUCGAUGAGGCAUUUUGUUUUGAAAUGGAAAAGAACGAAUGUACUGACGAUGAAUAUCGUUGUCAUAAUGGUUUAUGCAUUCCGAAAGACUUCUGGGAAGAUGGAUUAGGUGAAGCCGAAUGUCUUGAUCGUUCCGACGAGCGUCCAGAUGUAUCUUAUUUACGAAAUUGUUAUCAAGACCCACUAUUUCAUUGCGAAGAACAUACCUGUCGGUCGAAUUGGCAUGAAUUUUCAUGUGGAGAUGGACAAUGCGUUCAAAAAUUCGAUCAAUGUCAUAGUGGUCGUCAUAUUUUAUUAAUCGAAUCGAUGACAAAACAAGGUGAGUUAUCUACUCAAUGUUGGAUCGCCAUGAGCUGUUUAACCGGACUUGUUACUCAAAUCGAGGGCGUCUCUUGUCAAGAUUGGCUAAUCAAUGAUUCAGUAACAAUCGAAUCUCUAGGAACUUGUAAAGAAAUCUUCCAAUUUCCGACAGUUCCUGUUCACUUUGGUCACAUUCGAUUUCUGUAUGAAAAGCCUUAUUUAAAAUUCAAUCAAACAUCGUUGAUUUCACCUGAUUAUCUUUGUUACGAUGAAAGAUUAUGUGAUUGUUUCAUUCCAACGUUGAUUUAUGAAAACUUCACUUGUAUACGCAAUAAUGAAAUGAUCUUCCAAUCAAUUAUAUCAGGAUAUCCAUGGAUUGAUGUGAUCUUAGAAUUAAAUGUGCAUUUUUCAUCUUGUUUAAGUCAGUAUCCAUCGGUUGAAAACUAUGAAUAUGAAAAUUCAACUUAUUCCUGUGAAAAUUCUUCGAAAUCAAUAUCAAAAUCUCGUUUAAUCGAUGAAAACAAAGAUUGUUGUUUUGGUGAUGAUGAAACGUAUAGAUUUAGUUGUUUAUUAAACGAUUCGUAUCGAAUCUCCUGUCCAAAUGAAAACCAAUGUUUAUCAUCAUUAAAUACCAUCGAAGAUUGUCCAAAUUACGAAGAUACCAACGAAAAACAAAUCGCAUUUCACAGUUUUUGUGAUGGUUUUGAAGAAUAUUCCUUCGAAGAUUUCCACGGACGAACCUUCACCGAUGAAUCACAAUGUUCUUCAUGGCCAUGUAAUAAUCUUUACUCACGUUGUGAUGGUUAUUGGGCAUGUUCAAACGGCGAAGAUGAAUACGAUUGUCAAGAUCAUCCCCGAUGUCCUUUCGGAACGCAUCCCUGUAUAUCAAUAACGAAUUCUUCAUUUAUUUGUUUAUCUUCUCAGCGAAUUAAUGAUAAUAUUCACGAUUGUCUUGGUGGAUCAGAUGAACCAUCGUACUGUCGACAAUUAUAUCCAUUGAAAAGUGACUAUGAACGUUUCCAUUGUCAACAAAGUGAUUUAUGUUUGUCCGCCUUGGAUUUAUGUGAUAAAGUUCGGUUGUGUCCAUUUGGAGAUGAUGAAAUCUUUUGUGAUAAACAAAGAUCGGUAUGCGAAAGUGAAAAUUUGAUUGAUCAAGUUUUAUGUGAAUCAAGCGAAUUGAAACGACCGCGAACGAUUUAUUUUUCCAUUCGGACUUCGAAUGAUUAUCCACAAAUGAAAUCUUUUGUUGAAAAUCAAAUUAUUCCUUCAAUCAAACAAAAACAAUCGUUUUCCAAAUCACAACUUUCUUCACCAUCAUUUUGUAAUCGAGGAUUAACUGUUCGUAUUUGGUUGGGUGAAAAUCUUUAUCAAUAUUCAUGUCUUUGUCCACCGAGUUAUUACGGUGAUUUAUGUCAAUAUCAAAAUCAACGAAUUAGUUUAACAAUCGGAAUGUUGUCCAGUGAAAAACGGUUGGUUUAUACAAUUUUAAUACGAUUAUUCGAUGAACAACGAAAUCUUCAUUCUCAUGAUCAAUUUGAUUACACACCAAGUCAAAGUUGUGGGAUUAAAUUCCAGCGUUAUCUCCUGUAUCCAACACGGCCGAAAGAUCCGUCCAAGAAUUAUUUUCUACAUCUUGAUGUUUUCGAGAAAACGACAAUGACUUAUCGUGCAAGUUGGUUCUUAUCAAUUCCAUUUCUUUUCUUACCUGUUAAUCGUUUGUCUAUUCAAUUAAAGAUUCCGUCAUAUUCAUUACCGGUCUCAUCAAAUUGUACAGAUCGAUGCGUCCAUGGUCAAUGUAUGAAAUACGUCAAUGCAGAGCAAUUCUUCUGUCGAUGUUCUUCAGGUUGGGCAGGUAUUCGAUGUGAUAUUCCAGUGAUUUGUGAUCUUUGUUCGAAAGAUUCGAUUUGUAUUGAAUCGAUCUGUAUUUGUCCUUUGACAAAAUUCGGACCACGAUGUCUUUUAACUUCAUCGUGUAAAACAAAUACUUGUGAGAAUAAUGGUCAAUGUAUUCCGGUGGAUUUAAGCAAACGUGGAAAUGAUUUUACUUGUAUUUGCUCGGAAGAAUUCUUUGGAGAUCGAUGUCAAAAUCGAAAAGCCAAAUUGGAAAUUCAUAUUGCAAAUUUAGAUAUUCCAUCGUAUCUAAUGGCAUUUUUCUUAACGAUUUCAAAUCAAUCGGAACCAACAUUGACCAUCAUGUUACAAAAAUUAACUCUUUUCCAACGAAUUGUCACAUUUCAUAUCUCAAUGCCAUAUCAUUUGGUUAUUAUUAAAUUAAAUUUCAAGUUUUAUCUUGCCGUUCUUCAACAAAUCGCUAAACUUGACAUCUCCACAUCGAUUCAUCCUCGUCAAGAAUGUUUUCCCGUUGAUCAGAUUUUCAAUUCAACGAUCAUGUCAUUACCGCGUGCUCAACGAGUUAAAUCUUAUCAUCUCUCCUGUGAAUCCAAUCAUCAAUUGACUUGUUUUCUUGAUGAAUAUUAUUUAUGUUUGUGUACGAUUGAUCAUCAAGCGAAUUGUGUUCUUUUCGAUCACGAGAAGAAUCUUCAAUGCUUAUCAUCCGAACAACACUGUAAAAACGAUGCUUAUUGCCUUCAAGAUCAUCCGAAAUGUCCAUCAGCGAUUAUCUGUGUUUGUCAAAAAUGCUUCUUCGGAAAUCAAUGUCAAUUCUACUCGAAAGGUUUUGGUUUAACGUUAGACGAAAUUCUCGGAUACGAAAUUCAGCGAAACACAAUGAUUUUUCAGCAACCAUUUCCAGUUAAAUUCAGCGCGGUGAUCACAAUGAUGAUGUGUGCUGUGGGAAUUAUCAAUGGUAUAUUUUCAAUUUUAACAUUUAAAAAUCGCAUUUCGCAAGAAGUCGGUUGUGGAUUGUAUCUUUUGACAUCGUCGAUUGCGAGUUUGUUAAUUGUGAUAUUUUUUACAAUGAAAUUUUGGUUUCUUCUUCUUUCUCAUGUGGAUUUUGUUGGUCAAUGGUUGAUUCUUUAUUUAAAUUGUAUGUUUAUCGAACCUUUAUUGAAGAUUUGUCUUUAUAUUGAUAAUUGGCUGAAUGGUUGUGUUGCGGUUGAACGCGCUUUUGCAGUUUGGAAAGGAAUCUAUUUUAGUAAGAAACAAAGCAAAUCCGUGGCGAAAUGGAUUAUUCUAUUUGUCAUUGGAAUCAAUGUUUGUCUUUUGAUUCCUCAAUUUUCGUAUCUUCAUUUGUUUACUGAUGAGAAAGAACAACGAACGUGGUGUGUUGUUCGUUAUUCAUCAAUUUUAUACAUUUACAAUUCCUUUUUGAUCUUUUUUCAUUUCUUAACUCCAUUCUUCAUCAAUUUCACUUCAGCAUGUUUUAUUAUAAUUCUCACCGCUCGUCAACGUGCCGCAACUCAAUCUCAUCAGAUGUAUUUCAAACAAUUCAAACAGAAAUUAAAGCAACACAAACAUUUACUUAUCAGUCCGAUUAUUUUGAUUAUUUUAUCUUUACCUCGUUUGAUCAUUUCAUUCACCUUAGAUUGUCAAAAGUCAUCGGAACAUUUUUGGUUGUAUCUCAUCGGAUAUUUCGUCUCGUUUAUCCCGUCGGUGUUUGUUUUCGUUGUUUUUGUUUUACCUUCAGCUGUGUUUCGAAAGACGUUCAAACAAGCGAUUCUUCGUGGUCGAAGAAAAACACCUGUUUUUAAAAUGAACUUUUAUUGA